AUGGCGGCCAAUAUCACGGCGCCGCAUUGCCAAUCGGUGGAGGAAGUGCUGAAAUUUUACAACGUGAAGGCCGACCAUGGGCUCACUUCGUCCCAGGUGGAGGAAAACAGAAAAAAGUACGGCUCAAAUGCUUUAGAAGAGCAGGAGAAGAAAUCGCUCUUGGAGCUCAUCAUAGAGCAGUUUGAGGACACCUUGGUGCGAAUCCUGCUAGCCUCAGCAAUGAUUUCCUUCCUCUUGGCCUUCUUCGAUGAGAAGUCUCAAGAAGAGGGUCUUAAGGCGUACGUGGAGCCGUUCGUGAUUCUUACGAUUCUCGUUCUCAAUGCAAUUAUCGCGAUUUGGCAGGACUCCAAGGCCGAAAAAGCUUUGGACGCGCUGAAGAAGUUAGCACCGGAAUGCGCUUUUGUGCUCCGAGAUGGAAACUGGACGACCAUCGAUGCAGAAGACGUCGUCCCUGGCGACAUUUUGGAGGUUAAGGUCGGGGACAAGGUGCCGGCUGAUGCCCGAGUCAUGCGGCUCAAAACCACAACGAUCAAGAUCGAACAGUCUCAGCUCACGGGUGAGUCCCAGAGCGUUUCCAAGGAAAGCGAACCUCUGCCAAAGUCCAAGGAGAAGGACUGCGUCAUCCAGGAGAAGAGCAACCUACUCUUCUCCUCGACUACGAUUUCUAACGGUGCCUGCGUGGCGAUCGUCGUAGCGACAGGGAUGAGCACCGAAAUCGGCAUCAUUCAGGCAGCCGUGACCAAGGCCGGCGAGGAGGAGGAGCAAACGCCGCUGCAGGAAAAGCUCGAUGAGUUCGGAAACCUGCUGGCCAAGAUGAUUGGCAUCAUUUGCCUGCUGGUGUGGGUUAUCAACUACAAGCACUUCUUCGAUCCUGUGCACGGCUCCGUGAUCAAGGGGUGCAUCUACUACUUCAAAAUUGCAGUGGCCCUGGCAGUGGCUGCCAUCCCGGAAGGGCUUCCGGCGGUGAUCACCACUUGCUUAGCUUUGGGCACACGGCAAAUGGCCAAGCGCAACGCCAUCGUCCGAAAGCUGCCGUCCGUGGAAACACUGGGCUGCACUACUGUGAUCUGCUCGGACAAAACCGGAACACUGACAACCAACGAGAUGUGCGUGGUGAAGCUGGCGCUGCCCGACGGCGAUGGUCUGAAGGACUACGACGUCGAAGGCCACAACUACAUGCCCGUGGGCCGGGUUGCGAAGCUCGACAUCGACUGGGGCAAGAGCGAGGCCAUCAAGACAUUGGCCAAGAUCGGCUGCCUGUGCAACGAGUCGAGGCUGCUAGUGGAUGAUGAGGAGAAGUUCAUCCGGAACGGCGAGCCCACGGAAGCCGCCAUCCGGGUCUUAGUCGAGAAGCUGGGCAGUCCCGACCAGGCGCUCAACCAAAGAUGCCUCCAGAAGGAGAAGAGGUCAAAGGAAGAUGCUAUGGCUUUCUCGCAGUACUGGGAGAAGGGCAUGGAGAAGAAGGCAGUUCUGGAGUUCAGCCGGGACCGAAAGUCAAUGAGCGUGUUGUGGCACGACAGCGCUGCUAGCAGCAACGUUCUCUUCGCCAAGGGCGCUCCCGAGAUGCUCGUGAAGCGAUGCUCGAAGAUCAUGCUGCCCGAUGGCAAGGUCGAGCCGCUGACAGACAAGUGGCGGAGUGCCAUUGAAGGCGAGCUCCAGUCCAUGGCGCUGUCGGCGCUGCGAACCAUGGGCAUGGCCGUCAAGUCUGAGGACCUUGGGGAACUCCAGAAGUACGAUGGCUCCGCCAGCCAUCCAGGUCACAAGCUUCUUGAAGAUCCAGCGAAGUUUGCCGAGAUCGAGUCCGAGAUGAUCUUCGUUGGCAUGGUUGGCAUUCUUGACCCCCCACGGCCUGAGUGCAGCCCAGCCAUCGAGGCUUGCCGCGUCGCCGGCAUCAGCGUCAUCAUGAUCACCGGUGACAACAAGACAACAGCCGAGGCCAUCUCCCAGAAGCUGGGGAUCCUGGCGCCCUCCGGGAGCCACAAGGAAAAUUCCUUCACGGGCCAGGAGUUCGAGGCGCUCUCCGAGGAUCGCAAAGUCGAGGUGCUCAGCAAGAUCAUGGAGCGCAGAGAUAUCGAGGGCGCCGUGUUUUCACGUACCGAGCCCAAGCACAAGCAGCUUAUUGUUAAGAUCCUCAAGUCGCUUGACGAGAUUGCGGCCAUGACCGGUGACGGCGUGAACGACGCACCGGCUCUGAAGCAGGCCGACAUCGGCAUCGCCAUGGGCAUAGCAGGUACCGAGGUGGCCAAGGAAGCUUCCGACAUGGUCCUGGCCGACGACAACUUCACGAGCAUUGUGGCCGCCGUGGAGGAGGGCCGAUCCAUCUACAACAACAUGAAGGCAUUCAUCCGGUACAUGAUCUCCUCCAAUGUCGGAGAGGUCGCUGCCAUCUUCAUCACCGCCGCCCUCGGAGUGCCCGAGGGCCUGACGCCAGUCCAGCUCCUCUGGGUGAAUCUGGUAACCGAUGGCCCGCCGGCCACGGCCCUGGGCUUUAACCCACCGGACCUCGACGUGAUGAAGAAGGCGCCCAGAAGGAAGGACGAUGCCUUGAUCUCCGUUUGGUCCUACGUCCGCUACUUUGUGGUGGGCGCCUACGUCGGCUGCGCUGUCGUUGGCAUCUUCAUGUACUGGUACAUCCUGGAUGUCAACGCAGAUGGUCACAGCUUGGUCACCUUAGAACAGCUGCUGACAUGGGGCAACUGCCAGCAAUGGAAGGACUUCAGAGUAAACGACUGGGGUGGAAUGAGCUUCUCUAGCGAUGCAUGCUCAUACUUCACGGACGGCAAGGUCAAGGCUUCCACACUCUCCUUGACGGUUUUGGUGGUCAUUGAAAUGCUCAACGCCUUCAACGCCCUGUCCGAGGACGGUUCACUGGUGCAGAUGCCGCCCUGGGCCAACCCCUACCUCAUCGUGGCCGCCAGCAUUUCCGUGGGCUGCCACUUUGUCAUCCUGUACAUCCCUGGCCUUGCCACCAUUUUUGGCGUCGUGCCAUUGACGCUGCACGACUGGUUGCUGGUGUUGGCCUUCUCCUUCCCUGUCAUUCUUAUUGACGAGAUCCUCAAAUUCAUCGGCAGAAGCAGUGCGCAGGCAUCCCUCAGAGAGAAGGACAAGGACGCCUAA